AUGAGCAUCACUGAUGUUCUUAGUGCUGCUGACAUAGCUGCUGCCCUGGAGGAGUGCCAAGACCCAGAUUCUUUCAACCAUAAAAAAUUCUUCGAGACUUCUGGCCUGUCCAAGAUGUCUGCUAGUCAGGUCAAGGACAUUUUUCGGUUCAUAGACAAUGAUCAGAGUGGAUAUCUGGAUGAAGAAGAGCUCAAGUUUUUCCUCCAGAAAUUUGAAAGUGGAGCUAGAGUCCUGACCAGUUCAGAAACCAAGUCCCUGUUGGAGGCAGCUGAUAAUGAUGGAGAUGGCAAAAUUGGGGCUGAUGAAUUCCAGGAAAUGGUGCAUUCUUAA